UGGCAGCUUGUGAAGAUGCUAUGGCUCCAAGGCGCACCUUGCGAGUGAAUAGUGUGGGGUGGCUGAGAAGGAAAAGCGAAACCCGAGUACGAAACUUAACAGUGUUUCACCAGAGGUGAGGAGGGGUUUCUCGUCCACUUGCUGGUAGCCAUGGGUUCGACGACGGGAGACGACUUUAAAGAGAAACUGCUGUGGAAUGUGAAGCGAGAGGUGAAGCAGAUAAUGGAGGAAUCUGUUACUAAGAAGUUUGUGCAUGAAGACAGCAGUCACAUUAUAGCAUUAUGCAGUACAGUUGAAGCCUGUCUACUCCACAUGCUAAAGCGAAGAGCUGCUGGAUUCCUGCGCAGUGACAAGAUAGCAGCACUCUUUACAAAGAUUGGCAAGGUGUAUGACAUAGCUGGGGAGGUGUGUCGAAAGGUGCAGGAACAAAUGCAACAACAACAGCAACAAGCUGAUGGAAUUAGGAGAGCACAGUCGGUUGGACAAGAAACUCUGAAGAGGCAGGGAUCAGUUGUGGGCCGAACCCCUCCAAUGCUUACACCCCAAGCUAUCAAGCAUAUCUGGGUCCGCACAGCACUUUUGGAGAAGGUCUUGGACAAGAUUGUGCAAUAUAUUGUGGACAACUGCAGCAAAUACUAUGAGAAAGAAGCCCUGAUGCAUGAUGCUGUUUGUGGCCCUAUUCUGGCAGCUCUUCUUGUUGGACCAUGUGCAUUGGAAUACACCAAGCUUAAGACAUCUGACCACUUCUGGACAGAUCCUUCAGCCAAUGAACUGGUCCAGAGGCACCGCAUACAUGGGGCUCAUGGCCGACAAGACUCGUCUCCCUCUAAGCGUCCUACUCUUGGAAUCCGUAAAAGACAAUCCAGUGGCAACAUGUCUGAGGACAAAUUUGCCACCUCAGCACGGGAAUAUGUGGAGUCUUUGCAUCAGAACUCUAGGACCCACCUUCUGUAUGGCAAGAACAAUGUCCUAGUGCAGCCAAAGGAAGAUAUGGAAGCGCUCCGUGGAUAUCUGUCACUACAUCAGUCUGCUGAAAGUCUGACACUCAAGUGGACCCCAAACCAGUUAAUGAAUGGGACCCUGGGAGACUCAGAAUUUGAAAAGAGCAUUUUUUGGGACUAUGCCCUCACUGUGCCUUUGAGCCAGAUUGUCUGCAUUCACUGCCAUCAGCAGCCGGACUGUGGGGGAACUCUUGUUCUCGUGAGUCAGGAUGGGAUACAGCGUCCUCCAUUACUCUUCCCUCCAGGAGGGCAUCUCCUGGCAUUCCUUUCUUGCUUAGAGAAUGGACUUCUCCCUCGAGGACAACUGGAACCUCCCCUUUGGUCUCAAAAAGGCAAGGGUAAAGUAUUUCCAAAACUUAGAAAAAGGAACAGCACCACCAAAUUUAAUGAACAAGGUGAGGCUGUGGAUGAAGAGACUGCUGCAGACUAUGUCUUCCGAAUAGUCUACCCUGGACACCGUCAUGAUUACAUCACCAUAAACUACCAUCACAUGCCGGGGAGCCGUGCACCCUCAGUGGAUGAAGAUGAGGAGGAAGAAGAUAGGCUUCAUGCCAUGAUAUCAAUGAUCUGCUCUCGGAACCUCACAGCUCCUAAUAUGAUGAAAGAUCCCAGUGACAUGAUUGAAAUGCAGGGCUUGGGGAGCAGCCCCCUCUCAUGGCAACAGGGAGAGCCUAGCAGCCGUGUCUCUUCCUGCAUUUCUUGUUCCACUGGAAGUAGCAGCACUCCUUAUGGCCUUCCCAAUGGCUGUUCAUGUAUUCAUGAUCGGGUUCCAUUAAAGAUGCUCUGUCAGAACAUGAAGCGUCAGAUUGUCUCCAGAGCUUUUUAUGGAUGGCUGGCCUAUUGCCGUCACUUAUCUACUGUCCGGACACAUUUGUCAGCACUUGUCAAUCAUAACAUUGUUCCACCUGACAAGCCAUGUGAAGCAUCUGGAGGCCUCACCAAGGAUGUAUGGAGCAAGUACCAGAAGGAUUGUAAGAAUUACAAAGAACUUGAACUCUUGCGCCUUGUAUAUUAUGGAGGAGUGGAGCAUGAAAUUCGCAAAGAAGUCUGGCCAUUUCUUUUGGGACAUUACAAGUUUGGGAUGAACAAAAAAGAUAUGUCAUUGGUAGAUGAGAAGAUUACCACAAAGUACCAGCAGGUGAUGGCUGAAUGGAAGGCCUGUGAGCUGAUAGUGAACCAGCGUGCCAAAGACACUCAAACAACAUUUCUCACCAAGUUCUCUUCAGGGAGCAGCAUUGACAGUCAUGUUCAGAAACUUAUUCACCGUGAUUCCACCAUCAGCAAUGAGGUGUUCAUGUCAAUUGAUGAGCUAGAAGGUUCAAGCGCAGAACACCCAGGUCAUGAACAUGGGAUGUCCACUAUGAUAACUGCUAAUACUCCUGUUGCAGUGGCAGCUGACGAUCGGCCUGCAGUUGAAUUUGAUUCUCCAGACUCUGGCUUGCCUUCAUCUCGUAAUUAUUCUGUGACUUCAGGACACUCCCAGAUCCUGUCCAGCAUUGAGGAUGGACAGAGCAUGGAGGAAGAGACUGGUCCAGACCUGGAAGUAGAGGCUGCAUUGAUGGAUGGGACUCAAAGAUUACUGGCAAGGCAGGGACCCCAGGAUUCCAUCACUGAAGAACAGUUAUGUACUCAGUUAGAUAUGCUCGUGUCUAGUGAAGAGAGCACCUUCUUAUCUUUUACAUCUUAUACGAUUGAACUGCUGGACACAGUAGCCUUGAAUCUUCACCGGAUUGAUAAAGAUGUGCAGCGCUGUGAUCGAAACUAUUGGUACUUUACCACCGCUAACUUGGAAAAGCUGAGAAACAUCAUGUGCAGCUAUGUCUGGGAGCAUCUGGAUGUGGGUUAUGUGCAGGGUAUGUGUGACCUACUGGCACCAUUGCUGGUGAUCCUGGAUAACGAAUCACUUGCUUACAGCUGCUUCACACAAUUAAUGAAGAGGAUGACUCAAAAUUUUCCAAAUGGUGGGGCAAUGGACACUCAUUUUGCCAAUAUGAGGUCCCUAAUACAGAUUUUGGAUUCAGAGUUGUUUGAGCUAAUGCAUCAGAAUGGAGACUAUACACAUUUCUACUUCUGUUACCGGUGGUUUUUAUUGGAUUUCAAAAGAGAACUCCUCUAUGAGGAUGUAUUUGCUGUAUGGGAGGUAAUAUGGGUGGCUAAGCACAUUUCGUCUGAACAUUUUGUGUUGUUCAUCGCCCUUGCCUUGGUGGAGGUCUAUCGAGAGAUAAUCCGCGAUAACAACAUGGACUUUACUGAUAUAAUCAAGUUUUUUAACGAAAUGGCAGAACGUCAUGACGUGCAGCUCAUCUUGCAGAUAGCUCGGAAUCUGGUGCAUAAAGUGCAGACCCUGAUUGAGAACAAGUGAGCAGUCUGGAGGGGAGAAUCUGACAGAAGGAAGACUGAUCUCUGUGGUAGUGGCUAGGUGGCCUUGUGGAGCUCUGACAAGUGGGAUCUUCUGCAUCACUCCCUGGGAGAGGCUCCGUCUUUUAUUUAUUCUUUUUUUUUCUGCGCCUUGAUGUACUCACUUCAUAACUUCUCAAAUAUUUUUUAAAGAGACUGCCAGCCACGUUUGCCCAAUAUGAGUCACCAUGGCAUGAUGUUCCAUGAUGUCAGGGCAUGAGCGAGCAUACAUGGCUUCUUAUCAGAGGAAGUGCCCCAUUCCCACUGGCACCACUAUUAGAGUGUCUACCUCUGCCACAUUGCUCUUAGGCCAUGGCAGCUUCAUUCCUACAGACCGGACUGAUUUAGAUAGGACGUUCUUGGGUUACUGAAGGUGCUGUAGUUGGUCUUUCCAAUCCAUCGCCAGUAUAAAAUAUGCAGGCUAUCCCAGUUGUUGUAGCAAGCCUUUAAUCCGCUACUUGGGGAGAAAUAUUAUCAGGACAAUGGUUUCUCUCUAGGUUUUAUCACACUAGGGAAGCGUCUGAAUCUGCACCAAAAGAAGCAAAAGCUGGCAGGCCUGUUUUGAUGGUUUCUGCACUGACUGUUUCCACAGGAAUCUCUCAAAUUUAGCGUAACAUUGACUACAGAAACAAACAGACAUGGGCACAUCUUACAAGGCUCCAUUUUUCAUAUAACAGAAAGGGGCUGAGAAAAGUACCUGCUGAGUGAAGGACGUUCCACUGAGUGGACAGACUGGUUAAAAAAACAAACAAAAAAACAAUAGUUUAUUUUGCUUGUACCUUUAAUCAUCAGAUCAGAUGUUUCUUCUUAAUUAUCUUGAUUCGUUUCCGGACGGAUUUCAGAAAUGGGCCAAAUACAGCAAAACAUUGUCAAAUGGAGACUGCUUUGAUAAUUUCCUAUUUUAUUUUGUGGCCGUGUGUGCCAGUGUCUCAUACUGCCACAUGCAUGCCAAGGGGUGCUAAGGUUUUUGCUUAAUGGCAAACCUUUUACUGUUUAAACCGAAUAGCAAAAACUCAUUGGCAGUAUUUCACCUUUUCUUUCCUUUCUUAUCCACCAAACUGCUGUUUAUUUAUUUGUUUUUGGUGUUUUUAUAGUAAAUUGUUUUAUUUUUCUUUAUUUUUAAACUUUCUAUCUUGGCUGAAACUGUAUAGAUGUUUUAUUUUUUUAUCUAAAGCAUAGGUUUAAAAAAUACCAAAAAAUGAAGUACAGUGUCAUUAAACUUUUUAAAAAAAACGA